GUCCUCCACUAUGGGCCUGUUUAUUCAUGUUCUGUUGGGUUUAUGCACAUUACAGCUCUUUAUCAAUUUUGGCACAAUUGUAGAUGCAUCUGUAGGACCAUGGACAUUUUUUGGGACUGGUAACAGAGAUGUCAAGAGACCAGAUCCUAUCAGCUGUCGGCUGGGAAAGUGGUCACCGUGGAGUCCUUGUAACUCCUGCACAGACAAAAAGUUCCGUUUUCGAUUCAUUGAGCAGCCAUCACAAUUUGGUGGCACGGAGUGUGUUGAAACACUGUGGGAGAAGCUGGCCUGUCCAACAGCAACUACACCGUGUUUAGUACCAGAAUACUGUGGAGAGAGCUUCACCUGUAACGAAACGGGACGCUGCAUCGAUCAGUCUCUUCUCUGUAAUGGAGAGUCAGACUGUGAUGAUUAUUCAGAUGAGGACGGCUGUGAAGAGGUCAGUGAGAGGAGAGACAAGUGUUCCACCCUCCUGUUGAUCCCUGGGGCAGAGUGUGGUACUCAGGGAUACAACACCUUGACUGGAGAGUUUGUGAAUCGCGUUGUUGACCCAAACUACUUUGGAGGAGCUUGUGAAUAUGUUUAUAAUGGUGAAUGGAGGAAAUUCAUGUACGACUCAUUGUGUGAGAACCUGCACUACAAUGAAGAUGACAAAAACUACCGGAAACCCUACAACUACCAUACUUACCAUUUUGUGGCUCAAGCUACUUCAGAGGGCUCUCAUGAAUACUAUGAGGAUGUACUGACUCUACUGAAUGCAAGGAAAACUGAAAGAUCUUCCAAUACUGGUGUCACAGUUGGGAUCCAAUAUUUGCAAUUGGGAGUGAGUGCAAGUGCGGAAAAUAUGUUUCUCACAAACAUAACACGGCAUAAAAGCCAGGACCUGGGCUUCAUCAGGCUUGAAUCCAAAGUGCAAACAGCCCAGUUCAAAAUGAGAAGUGAAAAACUGAUGCUGCAUGAAGAUUUCUACAUGUCACUCAUGGAGCUACCAGAGCAAUAUGACUUUGGGAGAUACUCCCACUUCUUCAGUACAUUUGGCACCCAUUAUGUCACAGAGGGAAGUAUGGGAGGGACGCUGGAAUACGUUGUGGUGGUCAACAAAACAUCCAUGGCGAACUCUAAACUCACUGGUGAACAAGUUGGCAGUUGUCUUGGAGGGUCCAUUGGCAUCAGCAAUCCACUCGGAAGUUACGGAACAUUGGAUCUCACAGUGGGAGGCCAAUCAUGCAAGAAAACUGGAUCAGUUGAUCAAAGCAAACACCCUAGUUCAUCUGUCAUUGAGGACGUUGUUACUCUGGUGAAAGGUGGAGUGACAGACAGCAGCAUUGGUGUGCUGGCCAUCAGGGACCCUGACACCUACAGGAAGUGGGGCGCGAGCCUAAAAUACAGCCCAACACUCAUUGAUUUUGAGACCAUGCCGAUCUAUGAGCUCGUACGUCUCAGUACAUCUGCUGAUCAUGUAGGCGCCAGACUGGCCAACUUGCGGAGGGGAUGGGAUGAGUAUCUGCAGCAGUUCCACUCCUGCCGCUGCGCCCCCUGCAGGCACAAUGGGAUCCCUGUCUUGACGGGCACCUCCUGCAGCUGCCUGUGCCGCUCAGGCUACCAGGGCCAGGCCUGUGAAGAAACCAUGAGAAGAGAUACAAAGACAGACGGCUCAUGGUCCUGUUGGGGUGGCUGGUCUUCCUGUGCUUCUGGGACAAAGACUCGGACAAGAGCUUGUAAUAACCCGCCACCUCACGGAGGUGGGGUGACCUGCUUGGGUUCCUCCUCUCAGACACGGCCCUGUUGAAGGUGCCUUCCUGAGGACAAGAAUACCUGCUGAGUUUUGUAUUUUUAAAUUCUGUAAAAUCUGCUCAUUUGCUGUCUUUAAGUAUGAUGUCAACAGCAC